GAAGUGAUGUAUUUCCAAAUUUCGAGUGUAUCAAGCUCCGACAGCGCACAUUACCCCAAAGACUUACCAUUCGAAACCGCUUCGCUAGUCCAGCUCCGCAACGGAAGCCACUCGCAAAGGCGACGUAAGAUGCGCGAUUGGCCGGAUAGUGGACUGCUGUUAUGAGCCAGCAAAAUACGCAGUACUCCUUCAACUCCAAGGAAGACUACAACACCACCCUGGAACACAUGAGUCGGGAGUUCGACGAGCGCUGGAACCACCAGACGCAGUCGCCCUACACCAAUCUGGAGAACUAUGUAACUCGAGCUGUUCUCGGCAACGGCAGCUUUGGCACUGUGAUGCUGGUCAAGGAGAAGUGUGGCAAGAACUACUACGCCGCCAAGAUGAUGAGCAAGGAGGAUCUGGUGCGGCUCAAGCAGGUGGCCCACGUCCACAACGAGAAGCACGUGCUGAAUGCCGCCCGAUUCCCAUUCCUCAUCUACCUGGUGGACUCCACGAAGUGCUUCGACUACCUCUACUUGAUUCUGCCUCUUAUAAACGGCGGUGAGCUGUUCAGCUACCACCGCAGGGUUCGCAAGUUCAACGAGAAGCAGGCCCGCUUUUAUGCCUCUCAGGUGGCUUUGGCCCUCGAGUAUAUGCAUAAGAUGCACCUCAUGUACCGCGAUCUGAAACCAGAGAACAUCCUGCUCGACCAGCGAGGCUAUAUCAAACUCACGGACUUUGGUUUCACAAAGCGAAUAGAUGGGCGCACAUCGACUCUGUGCGGAACUCCGGAAUAUUUGGCCCCGGAGAUUGUGCAACUCCGGCCGUAUAACAAAUCGGUGGAUUGGUGGGCCUUCGGGAUAUUGGUGUACGAGUUUGUGGCGGGGCGCUCGCCCUUCGCCAUUCACAAUCGCGACGUCAUCCUGAUGUAUUCCAAGAUCUGUGUCUGCGACUAUAAGAUGCCAAGCUAUUUUACUUCCCAGCUGAAGCACCUCGUCGAGAGCUUGAUGCAGGUGGACACCUCAAAGCGUUUAGGAAACUCGAACGAGGGCGCCAUGGACGUGAAGGGACAUCCGUGGUUUGUCGGAGUCGACUGGUUCGGCAUCCUCAACCAGGAGGUCACCGCACCCUACUUGCCCACCAUCAGCGGCGCCGAGGAUCUGUCCAACUUCGAGAACUUCGAGUUCAAGGACCGCUUGAAGUCCCGAAUAAAUCGACAUCCCGAGUUGUUUUCCAAUUUUUAAAUGUAAAAUUUGUCCGUAAAAAUCGUCGUUUUCUUUGUUAUA